GCAAACGUAGUACCACCAGUGCCAGUGGUCACUGCACAAAUAAAAAUAAAAAUAUCUUUACCGUAUUUAAAACAAAUACCAGAUUCAGUGAAUUAACAGAAACGGAUGGGUAAAGUAAAGUGGAAGAACAUCUAUCGACACAAGACAAUAGAAAUAGAGACACGCUUUCACUUUCUCAAGAAACAGUUAAAGAGAAGAAGAUGAAACGACAAAGAAACCUUUAAAAGUUCUCUCAUCUUUAAAUCCCGGAUCUACCCUUCUCCGGCUCCUGAUCGGUGAUGUAUUGAUGCGGGAGAGAUGUUGUGCUGGAGCGGUUCGGUUAGGCGGAAGCAGAAACCCGGUCAUUUUCCGGUUUACCUGAAUGUCUAUGAUCUAACUCCUAUGAAUGCUUAUGGCUACUGGCUCGGACUUGGUGUCUUUCAUUCUGGUGUUGAAGUUCAUGGAGUUGAAUAUGCAUUUGGAGCACAUGAAUAUCCAAGCACAGGCAUCUUUGAAGUGGAGCCAAAGAAGUGUCCUGGUUUCACCUUCAGGAAAUCGAUUCUCGUCGGUAAAACAGACAAGUGUGCGAGAGAUGUCAGAGUCUAUAUGGAGAAACUAGCUGAAGAGUAUCGAGGGAACAAGUACAAUCUCAUCUCAAGAAACUGCAACCAUUUUUGUAAUGAAGUUUGUGUUAAACUUACUCAGAAACCAAUCCCUAGAUGGGUAAACCGACUUGCUCGCUUAGGGGUUCUCUGUAACUGCGUGUUACCACCACGCCUAAACGAGUCAAAAGUGAGACGAGUAGUAAAAGAAGAGCUUUCAGAAGGAGAGAAGAAGAAGAAGAAAAUGAUGAACACAUCACGGUCAGGUCCUUUACUUUCUACCUCUUCAUCUUCUUCGACAUCUGAUAAUAAUCAUCGUUCACACAUUCGAGCAAAAUCAACUGGUAAUCAUUCUUCUUCGGGUUCUAAGAAAAGUCAAAGACAAGCUCAAGACAAGAAGUCACCAAGCGUAAGCGUCAAGACUUGAUUCCCAUCAUCAUUAUUUGAAUUUUUUUUAUUAUUCUUGUUAAUGAAAAGAACAAAGGAAAAGAGGAAAAUGCUAAGCAAAGUAUCAAUCAUACAUGGGCAAGCUCGUCCUUUGUUCCAAAGUUAUUGUUAAUUCACCUUACUUGAAAACUCCUUUAGGUGCUUUUUC